GGACGCUUCCAGUCUCCGCCACUCGGGCGCGCUUCUGACUGCGGAGGAGACGCCGGCGCCGCGAAAGGCUUCAUGCGGCAGCGAGGCGAGCGGGGCUCGGCCGGGCGGCAGCCACCGCCUCCUGCAGCUGCUGCGCCUUCGCCUUCCGCGGCAGUAGGCGCGCCGGGCAUGGAGCUGGCCGCGGCGGCGGCGGCGGGCUGCGGGGCUUGCCGGCGCGCGGUCGGAGGAGCCCGGAAAGAGGCGGGCGGCGCCGGCGCUGGUCUGCGUCUCUGCUGCUCCGCCCGCCGCUCGCACUGAGUCGGUGCCUGGCGUGGCCGCUCCAUCGCGCCGGCUCCACCGCUCUCGGCGGGGAUGUGAACGGCGGCGGCGGCGGCGGCGGCGCGGGAGGAGCUCCGGACGGCGGCCCGGCGGCGACCGGGAGCGGCGGACGCCGCGCGCACGGUGGGAUUCCCGCAGCCGGGCAGAGGGAGCGUUGGAGCCGCCGAGGGAUUGGGAGGCUGGCAAGCGCUGGGCAAGGUCACGCGCGGCCGGACUCGCCUCCCGCCGCCCCCGCGCUGCCCAUGGGGCGAGCGGCGCGGCUCGAGCGCGCCCCCCGAGCCGGGCGCUCCGGCGCCGAGCCGAGCCGCGUCGGCCGCCGCCUCUCGCCUCUAGGAUGCGGCUGUGGCCGUUGCUGCUGAGCGGGGCACCGGGACGAGGAGGGCGGCCGCGGGAGAAGGAGCGCCCCGGGCGGUCGGUCGGAUUCCCCGGGAGGCAGCAGAAUCCUGACCCCGCUCUACAAUGGAAAAACUGCUUUUAUAUCUGGUGUUCAUUGGCUUAGCGGUGAAGGCCCAGAUCUGUCCGAAGCGCUGUGUGUGCCAGAUCUUAUCUCCCAAUCUCGCAACACUUUGUGCAAAGAAAGGGCUGUUAUUUGUCCCCCCCAACAUCGACAGGAGGACCGUCGAACUGCGGCUGGCCGACAAUUUCGUCACAAGCAUCAAACGGAAAGAUUUUGCUAACAUGACCAGCCUGGUGGACUUGACACUCUCUAGGAAUACAAUUAGUUUUAUCACCCCUCAUGCGUUCGCAGACCUGCGCAACCUGAGGGCUUUGCACUUGAACAGCAACCGAUUGACUAAAAUCACGCAGGACAUGCUGAGCGGGCUUUUAAAUCUGCACCAUUUGAUACUCAACAACAACCAGCUGACUUUGAUCUUCUCCGCUGCAUUUGACGAUGUCUUGGCCCUCGAGGAGCUGGAUCUGUCGUACAACAACCUGGAGACGAUUCCCUGGGAUGCUGUGGAGAAGAUGGUCAGCUUGCACACCCUCAGCUUGGACCACAACAUGAUUGACAGCAUCCCCAAGGGGACCUUCUCCCACCUUCACAAGAUGACCCGGCUGGAUGUCACGUCCAAUAAGCUGCAUAAACUGCCCCCGGACCCUCUCUUCCAGAGGGCUCAAGUCCUGGCCACCUCAGGAAUCAUCAGCCCAUCCACUUUUGCGCUGAGCUUUGGGGGGAACCCUUUGCAUUGCAACUGCGAACUCCUGUGGCUCAGGCGCCUGUCCAGGGAGGAUGACCUGGAGACGUGUGCAUCUCCCCCUCUCCUGUCAGGCCGCUAUUUCUGGUCAGUCCCGGAGGAGGAGUUCCUGUGUGAGCCCCCCCUCAUCACUAGGCACACCCAUGAGCUAAGGGUCCUGGAAGGGCAAAGAGCCACCCUGAGAUGCAAAGCCCGUGGUGACCCGGAGCCUGCUAUUCACUGGAUUUCCCCGGAAGGCAAGCUGAUUUCCAAUGCAACACGGUCCUUGGUGUACGACAAUGGCACUCUUGACAUCCACAUCACGACCAUGAAGGAUACAGGCUCUUUUACGUGCAUUGCUUCCAACCCGGCAGGGGAAGCCACGCAGUCUGUGGACCUCCACAUAAUCAAACUGCCUCACAUAGUGAACAGCACAAGCCACAUCCAGGAGCCGGACCCUGGAUCCUCGGACAUCUCCACCUCCACUAAGUCUGGUUCUAACACAAGCAGCAGCAAUGGGGAGACAAAAAUCAGCCAGGACAAGAAGGUGGUGGCGGCGGAAGCCACGUCGUCCACUGCCCUGCUGAAAUUUAACUUCCAAAGGAAUAUACCGGGGAUACGUAUGUUCCAAAUUCAGUACAAUGGGACGUAUGAUGACUCGCUUGUUUACAGAAUGAUCCCUCCCACGAGCAAAACCUUUCUGGUCAACAACUUGGCUGCUGGGACGAUGUACGACUUGUGUGUCUUGGCGAUCUACGAUGAUGGCAUCACCUCCUUAACGGCCACCCGCGUCGUGGGCUGCAUCCAGUUCACGACAGAGCAGGAUUAUGUGCGUUGCCAUUUCAUGCAGUCCCAGUUCCUGGGCGGGACCAUGAUCAUCAUCAUUGGCGGGAUCAUCGUGGCCUCGGUGCUGGUCUUCAUCAUCAUCCUCAUGAUCCGUUAUAAGGUGUGUAACAAUGGCGGCCACCACAAGGUGACCAAGGUCAGCAACGUUUACUCCCAGACCAACGGGGCGCAGGCCCAGCCACAGCAGCAGCAGCAGCAGGGGUGCAGCGGAGCCGCCGUGCCCCAGCCUGGGUCCAAGCAGGCCGUGGGGCACGAGGAGAGUCUGCAAUGCUGCAGAGUCAGCAACGACAGUGCAGCGCAGUCGUCGGACGCCUGCCCCAGCCAGGACUCCUCCAGUGCUACCUCUGCUUUGCCUCACACGUGGACUGCGGGCCCUUCCGCUUCCCAAAAGCUGAAGCGUAAACCCACGCCACAGCCCAGCAGUGACCCACCGCCGCCAAGCGAAGGUGCCGCUACCAGUCUAGAGUCCCAGAACACUAACCGCAACAACUCCACUGCCCUGCAGGUGGCUAGCCGGGCCCCGGACUAUGCCAAGGGGGCUCCCAUGUACAAAAGAGCACAAGCCAAGCCAAGUAAGUUCCUCACUUUGCCAGCCGACCCGUCCCGGGCAAAGCGCAGGUACUCCCUGAGUGGAGAAUUAACGGAAUGCCAUUGUUAUAUUAACUCCCCGAAUCCAAGUGGAUUUUGGUCUAAGAGGAGCCUGUCUGUGAACGGGAUGCUAAUGCAGAGAGACUGUUCUGAUGUGGAUAGUGGCAAAGCAACUUUCUCAAGUUCUGAGUGGAUAUUGGAAAGCACUGUGUGAUCAGCUGUGGGGUGUGUGUUUUUUCUUAAAUUAAAAGAAUGCAGAGAACCCCACCCACCAAAGGUUAUCUGAGAACUCGCAUCCGAUUGGUCAGUUGGCAUUUUCCACCCCUCUCACGUCGGUGCAGAGCUGUGCACGAACCGCUGCGGCACUUCCGUGUUUUCUCUUUGGGGUUUAUGUUAUUUAAUAGAAAAACCGAAGGCAUAUAAUUUAAAAGAGAAGGGAAAAAGCAUGAAACAACACCAGUGCCUUCCCCUCCUCUAGGAUUGGUGCCCUGGUUCCACAAUAGCAGAUCAAGCACAAAGGAGAGCAUUGGCAGGAAAAAAAGAGAGCCUUUUGGGGAAGGGAAUUGCUUUCCUCCAUGCUGAUGAAAAGCCACUUAAUGGAUCAAUCAGUAUACCUGAGAGAAAGAGAGAGAGAGAGAGAGAGAGAAUUUUUAAAGCGACCCGAGUGUCUUCCUGCCUUCCCCUUUUCCCAGUGACAAUGGUCUUGCCUUCAUUUCCAGGCAAAUGCUGUACAAAACCAACAACUCUGUGUUGUUAUCUUGUGUAAAAUAAAAGAUUCCAUAAAUACA